UCGAUUGAUCGAUAUCAACUUGGACUGUGACGGGGGCGUAGUUCCGGUUGAUGAUUGUGCACUCUUGGUGAGAACAGGACUAAGGUUGUUGAAGAAGUGCUGUGAAGGUGCGCCAUAGAGACUGCGAGCUGGAUUGUCAAGGAAGCGGGAAACAGGGAUCUGCAAGUUUCCAAUUAACAGGUGGUGUCUCUGGGUGCACAAGCGAUUGCAAGUGCAGUCUGUGGUCUCAACUGGCGCGCGCGUGGGCACACUGACUUCAGUCUGCCUUGAAGACACAUAGUUGUGUCACUCGAAUGCCAACGUCACGUCUUGUUAGUGUGUGUCUGCCGCCAGUGCUGAGCCGAUUUCUCUCGCACCCGUAUCUACCAUUGCUUUCAAUCAAUCCUCCUUCCCACCGUGGAUGUGUAUUCGUCGUCUCGGUUCGUGUGUGGACGCAUCAAUGGUCGUGGACCUGGCCCUUUUCGCACAAUGGCUGUCCGUCACAACCUGGUAAAUGAAGUCGAUCUGAAAUGGAAAUGUUUUCCGUUGCCUUCACGGCAACGCUGCCAUAAUCACCUUGAUAUGGCGGGCACCGUCUCACAGGCGGGAUCGUCGCAAGCCAGUCUCACGACAGCACACCGUUAGUGAUGUCUCGUGGUGUGUUUAAUCGAGGCCGACGCGAGUGAUGUUGUUUCGCCGUGAAAGGAGGCCCCGCAUCGUACCUUGACCGACCCUUAGCAGACCAGCAGCGUGAAUGAGGAAAGCGCCAUCUGGCUAUAAGAGCGAUUGCCCCGAGCAGCCCACCGCUGUCAACACACGCAGUCAACCAGGCACCUGCUUGCUUCCCCCGCCUUGUGUGCGCGUCUGCAUAUAAACAACCCCUCCCCCAUAUUCUCCCGCGUUGCCCCGACUUCCAACUGACUCUCCCUUGGCUUGCCUGGCUACGAGCCCGACCCUAUACACUCCUUAUAUUGCUUCCUCUUUCCAUCCUACAAUUUUUACCUCUCGUCUCCGACCUGCCAAUUGCCCUCUUGUUGCUCGAGCGACCCAAGCCAUGAAGCUCUGCAUAUCUCUCUUGGUGGCUAUCGCCAACGUCGUGCUCGCCGUCCCCGCCGCCGUCGUCCAAUCUGUGGAGGCCCGUCACCUUAAUCAGGAUGUCCCCAGCAUCGACGACCCUAACUUCAUCAAGACGGUCAUGGAUGCCCAUUGGUUCUGGCGCCGCAUGCACUGCGCCCAGGAGUUGAGCUGGGAUCCCAAUCUGGCUCAGCAGGCCUUGACAUCGGCCAACAGCUGCUCCCGUAAUGUUCAACACGACAAAGUUGGCAGCAACCUCUCUGGCGUCACCCCACCCCCUAGUGAGUACGAGCAAUGGAUCAAGAUGGCCCGCGACUGCAUUCACGGCUGGCACGAGGAGGAACCCAAGUACCCCUACGGAAGCCCUCAGAUAGAAGCUCACGCGGGCUAUCUUCACUUCACCCAAAUGGUUUGGCGUGAUACCACCCGGAUUGGGUGCGCCAUGUCGAAUUGCAAUGACUUGACCGACUCGAGCCCUGCCCGCAUCUACUGCUUCUACGAAACCCCAGGCAACAAUGUUGUCGAAGGUGAAUUCGAAAGGAAUGUGUGGCCGCCUGUUUGCUACGCUCCUUCCAGACAAGAAGCAGAGCACCGUUUUGGGUAUUAG